AUGGCUAUGCUACCAUACUCCGACGCUAAUUAUGAUUUUUCUUCUGGUGGAUUUGUUGAGCUACAUCAACCAUCACAAUAUCAACAUCAGAGGGAGAGAUAUGUUCAAGCUUCAAACACAAUUGAUUCUCCUACUCUUGUUACUCUAUUGAAGAAACAAGAGUCUGAGACAAACCAAUUUCACAGAAUUCAGAAUGAUAAAUUGAAAUUCAUGUUACAGUAUCAAAGGGAGCUACAAGAGAGUGCAGUUAGACGCAUGGAAAUUUAUUCACAACAAAUUCUGAAAAGAAAGGACGAAGAAAUCGCCAAAGGUGCAAAGAAAAACCAAGAGUUGGAAUAUAUCAUAAGGAGCUUAGAGAAUGAGAAAAUGAAAUUGAAGAGAGUGGCCGAGGAAAAGGGAGCAAUGACAAUAGAUCUCCAUAACAAGUUGGAAGAGGAGAAGAAGAGAGCAAGGAUGUUGGUAGCAAAUAAUGAUGUCGAAUCAUGUUGCAGUAAUGAAGAAGCUGAAAAACAUGUGAGACGAGAAGGUAAUAUCAUGUGUUGUCCUAUGUGUAACACAAAUUCUCCUGGUGUUUUAUUUUUGCCAUGUAGGCAUAUAUCUUCAUGCAAAGCUUGUGAAGCUUCACUCCAAGCUUGUCUCAUAUGUGGAAUAGCAAAGAAAGGUGCUAUUGAAAUUCAGAGUUUUGUAUCAGAGGAAUAUUAG